UGCAUUGAUACAAUUCAUCGACUUAAAAUUUGUUGACGUAUCAUUAUUCUGUGUCUACGUUUACAAGCCAUUUUGCGAAUAACAUUUUAUAUAAAAAAAACUUAUUAUGACAUUAAUAUAACUGUGACGUUAAUCAUUCUAUUUGCAAUAUAAAAAAAUAUAACUGCUGAUUACUAGGUGCAAGCAAGUGCAACUGUUACUCGUUGCGAAGGUGAUAGUCACAAUCAAAACGAUUACGUGAGUCUCCAAUAAUCGCGAUGCAAGAUACAAAGAGACUACAAGAGUUUAUGGAGCUAGUUGGCCGAUUAAAGCAUAUGAAAAGGACAGGAUGGGUAAUACGGAAUAUACCUGAUUCCGAAACAAUUGCUGGACAUAUGUAUCGAAUGGCGAUGUUAUCUUUUCUAGUGGAUGGAAAAGAAAAUUUAGACAAAACUAAAAUAAUGCAAAUGACGUUAAUUCAUGAUCUCGCCGAAUGCAUUGUAGGAGAUAUAACACCUCACUGCGGCAUAUCGCCAGAUGAGAAACAUAGGAGGGAAGAUAAAGCUAUGGAGGAUAUUUGUAAGCUGCUGGGUGAUAAAGGACCUGAAAUACUACAAAUAUUUCGUGAAUAUGAAAAACAAGAAUCUCCGGAAGCACAGUAUGUAAAAGAUUUAGAUAGGCUAGACUUACUGAUGCAAGCAUACGAAUAUGAGAAAAGAGACAACAUUCCGGGAGAACUUGACGAAUUCUUCGUUGCGAUUAAUGGAAAGAUUAGACAUCCUUUCAUUAAUAAAAUCGCCAUUGACAUAACCGAAGAAAGAGAUAAGUUAUGUCGCAACGUGAAUGUUUCGAAAUAACAAAAGUUAUAAUUUAAGGAUAAUUGGGACAUUUGGACAAGGACAUUUGGAAGAAUAUUUUUCCAGAUAGCUCAAUUGAAAUUUUAAAUGUUAGAUUACCAUAUUGCGCACAUUAUGAGCUAUGAAAAACGCUAUACUAUAUGUUAUGCAUAAUUUUAAUACAUAAGGUUUUGAUAUAGAUAAUAUAUAAAAAUGCGGAUAUAAAGUUAUGUUAUUAUUUAAGUUAUUCGAACAUUCAUGCGUAGUAUUGGUCAUAAAUAAGAAAUUAAUAAUUUAUGUAUUUUAUAACUUUUUGACAUCACUCUAAAGUAAUAAUUAUUAUUUUCUUAUUUAAAAUAUUUAAAAUAGAAUGUAAAAUAUCUGUAUGAUAUAUUUACACAUCUUAAUUUUGUUUACCACGAUUAAUCUAUAAUUCAGUAAAGCGAUUACCAAAAAUUACAUUUUAGAUCUUGUAAAUUUUAUUAAAAAAAAAAAAAUAGUUUAGUAUUGGUAGGAUAGGAAAGCAUAUAGGUAGUCUGCAAGUAUUAGACUGUAUACUUUAACUAAUACCUCUAUGUAUAGUUUAAUUCAUAGAAAUUCAAAGAUAUGUGUAAAGUCACUAACUCUUAAAUCAAUCUACAAUAGGUGUGGUAACAAACUUUAUGUUCUAAGUUGAGUAAUUUCUGGCAAAAAA